CUGACGCAUCGGGUGGUGUCCCGGUUCUGUCCGCGGCCGGACCGGGGCCGGACUGGAGUGUUGACGCAAACAGAGGAUGUGAAUAAAUGACGGUCAGGUUAAAACUGUCUGUCGGUGCGGCUCGGGAAGUUGUUUCUCCGUUUCCCUGCAACGUUUACCGGACAGCCGGUGCUCACGGGCCCUCGCCUCUCUGCGCAUCUUCUGGAUGAUGCUGCGGUUUCGUGGGAUUUUUUUGCUGCUCUGCGCAAAUCGCAAAUAAAGGUAGCUUAAGUCGGCGGGAUCGACCGGGCCCGGCUCCACCGGGUACAUCUGCAGAGGCCCGUGUGAUGUGAGGAGAAGUGUCACUGCAGAGGACGUUUAAAGGGCUGUGGAGCUGGAUGGUUGGUUAGGCCUGAGCUGCACACGGUCUGCUUGGUGUCACUGAGUGGGUGGGCAGACAGAGGAUCAGUGUCCACAGCUGUGAACAUCUUCUGUGAGGAGAACCAUCUAAGCUAAUCAGGAGAGGUGAGGGGCGAGGCCGGCCAAUCAGAGGGGAAGAGAUGUUGGGGCAGGGCGGGCAUGCAGCCCUGGCUCUGAUGUCGUUACUGCUGCUGCUGUGGCAGGAAGCAGCACCCAUCGAAGUCCCACAAGAUGCAAAGAUCCUGCAAGACCUAAAGCAGCCCCCCACAAUAAUCAAACAGUCAGUGAAAGAUUACAUUGUGGACCCCAGAGAUAACAUCAUCAUCGAGUGUGAGGCCAAAGGCAACCCAGUGCUAACGUUUUCAUGGCGAAGGAAUGGGAAAUUCUUCAACAUUGGGAAAGAUCCCAGGGUGACGAUGCGGAAACGUUCAGGAACUCUGGAGAUCGGCUUCCGCAGCGGAGGACGGCCAGAGGACUACGAAGGAGAAUACCAGUGCUUUGCCAACAAUGACCUGGGAGUGGCGUUGUCUAACAAAAUCCUGCUCCGGGUCUCUAAGGCUCCUCUGUGGCCUAAGGAGGUGCUGGAGCCGGUGUCGGUGACUGAAGGCUCCCCGCUGGUCCUACCCUGUAACCCCCCACCAGGCCUGCCUCCUCCGUUCACCUUCUGGAUGGACAGCAGUAUGAGUCCCAUCCCUCAGGAUAAGAGAGUGUCCAUGGGGCUGAAUGGAGACCUUUACUUCUCCAAUGUUUUAGCCCAAGACGCUCACACAGACUACAGCUGCAAUGCUCGCUUCCUCUUCACACACACCAUCCAGCAGAAGAACCCCUUCACACUCAAAGUUCAGACCACGGAGCCGUUUAAUGACACAUCUUACAAUGCCACUGACCCCUACGGUGGCCGUAAAGUAGCAGAGUCCACGCCGAUCUUCCUCUCACCGCCAGGGACUGAAAGUUCUAAAAUGGUGCUACGAGAUGAGCAGCUGUUGCUGGAGUGUAUUGCUGCUGGACUCCCAACACCCACAAUCAAAUGGUUUAAGAAGGGCGGGGACCUGCCAGGAAGGAAGGUGAAGUUUGAGAACUACAACAAAACCCUGAAGAUUAUCAACGUGUCAGAGGAGGAUGCAGGGGAGUAUGUAUGCAUGGCUAACAAUCAUUUAGGCAGCAUACGCCACUCCAUCUUCGUUCAGAUCAAAGCGGCUCCUUACUGGCUGGACAAACCGUCAGACCUGGUGCUAGCCCCGGAUGAGAAUGGACGUCUGGUGUGUCGUGCAAAUGGCAACCCUAAACCCAACAUCCAGUGGCUUAUCAAUGGACACCCUAUAGAAAGCUAUCCCUCCAGCCCAAACAGACAGGAGCUCGGUGACACCAUCAUCUUUCGCUCAGUGCAGAUUGGGAGCAGUGCUGUUUACCAGUGCAACGCCUCCAACCAGCACGGCUACCUGCUGGCCAAUGCCUUCGUCAGCGUUCUCGACAUGCCUCCGAGGAUGCUGGGCCCCAAAAACCAGUUGAUUAAAGUCAUCGAGAACAACCGGACCUUCCUAGACUGCCCAUUCUUUGGUUCCCCUUUACCAGACCUGCGCUGGUUUAAGAACGGACAGGGCAGUGGACUGGAUGGUGGUCAGUACCGUGUCUAUAUCAACGGCACACUGGAGAUAAAACGUGCCCGAGCAGAGGACGAGGGCACCUACACUUGUGUGGCCAACAGCAUCUUGGGCACAGCUGAAAACCAGGUCCGCCUGGAGGUCAAAGAGCCGACUCGUAUAGUUCGACUCCCCGAGCACCAAUCCGCUAUCAGGGGCUCUACAGCUCGCUUUGACUGUAAGGUGAAGUCUGAUCCCAGCCUGACUGUCACUGUGGCCUGGAUGAAGGACGAUAAGCCUCUGCAUCUGGGAUGGAGGCUGAGGAAGGAUGAAGAGUCGUUGACCAUCCCCAAUGUCAAUGAGGGCGAUGAGGGAACGUACACAUGCGCUGUUAAAUCUGAGAUAGACCAGGACUCAGCCUCAGCCCGCCUCACUGUGUUAGAGGAAGCCUCCCUCAACCCCUCAGUCUCUAGUGCCUUGCCUCCAGACCGUCCAGACCCCCCGAUGGAUCUGGAUCUGUCGGACCCAGCAGCCCGCAGCGUCCGCCUUACCUGGAUCCCUGGAAACGACCACAGGAGCCCCAUCACAGAGUUCCUAGUCCAGUUUGAGGAGGACCGCUGGGAGCCAAAUAGGUGGCAGAACCUGUCCACUUACCCUGGAGACCUCAACUCCGUCAUCCUGCAGCUCGCCCCGUUCGUCAACUACCAAUUCAGAGUCAUCGCCAUCAACUCAGUAGGUCAGAGUCAGCCGAGCCGGCCCUCACCUCGCUACAAAACCAGUGGAGCUGCCCCAGAUGCUAUUCCCAGAGGUCUACGAGGAUGGGGGUCCAAAAAGGACAACAUGGAGAUUACCUGGGAGCCCCUCCUUGAUCUGGAGAGAAACGGUCCAAACCUGCACUACAGCAUUUGGUGGAGACGAAAGGAUUCGGGGGAGGAGUGGAGUAAUGUGACCACAGUGGGGUCCAAACAUGUUGUCCACAACACGGAAACCUACGUGCCUUAUGAGAUCAAACUUCAGGCCAGGAAUGAGUUUGGAUCGGGACCAGAAUCUAAUGUGAUCAUUGGAUACUCAGGAGAGGACAAGCCCACUGAUGCUCCCACUGACCUGCAAGUGUCGAAGGUUGACAGCACCAAAGCCAACGUCCACUGGAAGCCUGUGGAUCCAAACACUGUCCAGGGAGAGUUCAAGGAGUACAGAUUGUACUACUGGCGUGAGUCCAGUCAGGUUCCAGGUUUGAUUGUCAGUAAGGAGAAGAAGACCAAAGGUUUCUACAGCACCACGGCUGAACCGUCUGGCAUCCUCAGUGACCUGGUGCCCUACUCCAAAUACAAGAUGUUCAUGGUGGUGGCCAACAAUCACUUUGAGGGUCCACCCAGCAACACAGUGGAGUUCAACACCAAGGAGGGAGUUCCAGAUGCUCCAAGGUCCUUCAGGAUUUACCGCAGGAGUUUGGACACCAUCUACCUGGAAUGGGAAAAACCUCUGGAGCCCAACGGCAUUCUGAUUGGAUACCAGCUCAGGUACCAAACAGUCAACGGUUCCAGGUUGGGUCGCUCCCAUCUGGAGACGUUCCUUCCUAAUGUGACAGAUUUUACCCUUCGCCUGUCGGACCGAUCCACCCGCUACAAGUUCUUCCUGUCAGCACUGACCCAGGUGGGAACAGGGGAGGUCUAUGCUGAGGAAUCGCCACACUUCACCAAUGAGGAAAACUUUACUGACGCCACAGUCGAGCUUACCGAUGCCUCCGUGUCUUCUGCUUUCACUCCUACUCCUCUCGCUUCUGUUCCUCCUACUACCGUCGCUCCUACAACCAUUAGUACCUCAACAACUACCGCUUCGACAACUACCACUUCUACUACUACUACUACUACUACUACUACCACUACUACGGAGGCGAGCACUACCAUCACACUCCCUGUGCUGGUCACCACCAAGCGAAACGAUCAGACCGUGUUGGUGGCCCCUGGGAUCUGGGAUCUGACGGUGAAGGCUAACAGUGACUACGCUAACGUCAGCUGGAAUCACAACUUCCCGGCCGGCAGCAGCGAGUUUGUGCUAGAGUUCACACUGGACAGCGACAAGACGGUGAAAAUUGUACCGGUGAAACAACAGCCCCCCAUUACUGUGGCGGAUCUGAUCGCUGGUGCCGAGUACCACCUGAGGGUUUACUCCCAUGAGCUCAACAGCGUCAGCAGCAAAUCUGUCAGCUUUAAGACCAAACCAGCCUACAUAGACCAUGUAGACAUCGCCACUCAGGGCUGGUUCAUUGGCUUGAUGUGUGCCAUCGCCCUCAUCAUCCUGAUCUUACUCAUCGUGUGCUUCAUCAAGAGGAGUCGUGGAGGCAAAUACCCAGGUGGUGGUUUCGUGACUGGUUUGGCCAUGUGUCUGGUGCGUGAUAAAAAAGAUCUCCCCUUGGACCCAGUGGACCAGAAAGACCAGGAUGGAUCCUUUGAUUACCAAAAUGGGUCAUCUGUCCCUGACAGGAAUGAAAACGAGAACAGCAGCGAUGAGGACAACAAGCCUCUGCAGGGCAGCCAGACUUCACUGGACGGCAACGUAAAGGAAAGCGAUGACAGCCUGGUAGACUAUGGCGAAGGCGGCGACGGCCAGUUUAAUGAGGAUGGCUCUUUUAUUGGCCAGUACACAGUGAAGAAGGACAAGGACGAGACGGAGGGCAACGAGAGCUCCGAGGCCACCUCGCCCGUCAACGCCAUCUACUCACUGGCAUAGCGGCACAGACGUGCACAGAGGAACUCAGCAGCACCCUGUGGUCUAAGGGCGUUCUGACCACACACACACACACACCUGCACACACACACACACACCUGCACACACACCUACACACACACACACGCACACAUGCACACCUACACACACACGCACACCUACACACACACACACACACACACACACCUGCACACACACCUACACACACGCACACCUACACACACACACACACAUGCAUGCACACACGCGCACACCCACACACCUGCACACACACGCACACCCACACACGCACACCUACACACACACACACACACACACACACACACACACACACACACACACACACACACACACACACACACAUGCAUGCACACACGCACACACACACACACACCUGCACACACACACACCCACACACACCUACACACACACGCACACCCACACACACCUACACACACACACGCAUGCACACACGCACACACACGCACACCUACACACACCAUUAUAUGGAUAUAUGAAACACAACAUACAGUGGAAACAACCUGGCAGGGCCUCUCUGGGACUGUUCGUUCUCCUCUGCAGAUGAAGUGGAGGAACACAGGAGUGGAAUUCGACCACAAGCCUUUAAUUUAUGUUUCCAGCUCUAAGAAUAUGGCCCAUUGAAGGUGAUGUUUGGACAAAGUGGACAGUGCUCAUUUUCUUCUGUGCUCUGCCUGCCCUUUACCCACACAGACUUGAAGUGUGCCUUCAGGGCAGCUUUCAGCGUUUGGAGGCAUCAACAAGCGUUUAGAGAUUUUUUCUUUUUGGUUCAUUUCUGCUCCAAACAUUUCCCAUGCCCGUGCUGUCCUUCUCGACACAUCCCUCAUGCUUCUGUGUGACAUCCCAGUAGAACAAACACAGAAGUAUUAAACACACUCACUGGCCCCAUCCUGGAACAUAUCAGCUUUUUACCAUCAGUGUCAACAGGAUGCCGGCAGAUGUGUUUAUCAUAUUGAUAUUUACACACUGAAAGAUUUGAGUUUUUCCACUGCUGGUAGAUUAGUCAUUUAAUCUUAAUGAAUGCUGUAUACAGUCCUGGCACACAUUUUAGUGCCCUGCAAACUAUGCACUAUCACCUCCUCCAUAUGCCAUGGGUUUAAUGUGGUUAGUAAAAGUACACAUUUUGGGUUUCUUUUUUAGCACUCGUCGCCUAAAUCACAUGCUUUUAUUCACUUUGCCUUGAACUAUGUGCUAGACAUGUAUUUCUUACCUCUACUCAAACUUCAUAGUGCAGAUGUUCAAAGUGGGCUUCAUGAGAAAAAUAAUUUCCUGCACAAGCAGCGAGUUCCGUUACAUUAUGCUGUUAAUGAGUCCCACGACUUAAAAGAUUCAACGAAAAUAUUAUUUUGGAGCAUGGUAGCAAAUUUAGAGCAAGAUGAAUUGAAAGGCAACAGAAAGGAAAGUUAGUUUUGCUUGAGAAACGCCAGUAGACCACAACCCAGUGAAUUCCCUAGUUAGCAUGCAGGCUAAUGCUGCAUUCAUGUCAAAUGGGAACGCUACAAAUGCUGUAGCUACAAGGCUUUCAUAAUUCUGUUAACUCUGAUUUUUCAUUUGUCACACGUUAAAGCGUAAACUGGUACUUUUGAAAGUAUGUUUUACGCUAAACCCAAAGUUGCAACGUCAAUCUAACAUGGUGAUCACACAGUGGCUUAUUAUGACUGAAGGAAGAUAUUCUUGUACAACUUAGCUACCUGUACCAGAAUUCUGUAAGUCUGGGGUCCCCUUUAGUUUUGAGCUCCUGUAAGCUGAGAUGUUUAAUGUUGUCAGGUUGGAAACUAAUCUAGAUGUUCUCUCCCGUGGGACAUGAAUGCAGCAGAAGAGAUGCUGAUCCUGAAGGUGUGUUCUGACUAAACUUUGCUUCGAGUUAUUCACAUGAAUAUGAUCACUGGAUUGUUCUACAGUUGUUAACUACUAACAUAUGGCCCAAGUUCCAGUUGGUAUGAUCAUUUUCCUUGGAUUAGACUCACAUGUUUGUCCCAGUGAAACAUGAAGUCAGUUCAUUUGUGUUUAGUCUGAACCCACCUGAACAGACGGAUCUACACCUUAUUACUUCCUUCUAAUUUUUAUAAACUCCAUUUGUUGAUCAUUACACAUGAGAAAAGAAGUUGGUAAACUACUUCAAUUAAAAGAUAAGAUUUACAGCAUGAACGUAUAUACACUGAAUUUACAGCCACCUUUGGAAAUGAAAUGUAUCAGCUUCAUUUUUAGUUUUUGCAGAGGAGAGAAAAAAUGAAAAGGAUGUGCACUCAGUAUUUCACUUGUCAUUCUGGUAGCAGACUGACAGUCGAUGAUUUGUUUUGUUCCUUUAUUUUCGACUGAAUGUUGCUGAGUGCUCAUUGGCUUCCUGGCAUCGUUUCAGCACUCAUACUGUAGUUCUAGUACCUGCUACUCAACAGCACUAUUAACCCUCCAACGCUAAAUCAAAUAGAUCUUAACUACGGUUAGGUCCACAUUGUAUUUCAAAAAUUUAUUUUAUAUUUCUAUUUAUUACAUGAUGUGGAUAGUAUUAAUAUAUUAGUGCUUCAUUUGAUAAUUGUUCUAUAAACAUUUUGACCACCUUAUUUUGUUGUUAUGUACCAGAAAUAGCCAAACUAAAGACGUUUCCAGAAUCUGUUCUUGUUCAUCAUGGGAGGCUCCAAACUCAACAGUAUGUUAAAGAUAUUUGUGUAGCAGCUGGCUUUUCUGCUGUCAACAAAACAACACAAAUGAUAUCCAUGUCUACAUCCAUGAACAGGAGCCUGUUUCUCUGUGCUGCUCUUCUCGCAUUCAUGUUGUAUUACUGUGACUGUGUUGUUUUUCAGAUUUAUGUAACAUAAUCCUUCCACCAUACAGAAAAUUAAUAUUAUUGCUUAUUACUUAUUUGGCAUAUAUUCUGUACAUGUUGGUCCUGAAAGAAAAUUUCUCAUCUUUGUAAAUACUUAAAACUUGUUCCCACCCUCCCAAAAGAUGCUUUAUCGGAAAAGACGAAACAAAGAGUCACAAAUCUGUAUCCACCAAGCAAAUACAGCGGUGCAUCUUUAGUCUGUCAUGCACCUUUGUAAUGUAGCUUUGACUAACAUUUGCACUCUGAAAUAAUAACAAGAAUCAUUCUUCUCUAUGUUGCCCUUUGCGUUUGCGUUGUAAUAUAUGGUACUGGCUGUGGCAAGGCUCAGCCAGUCGUUUGAUGAUGGUUUGGAUUCUAUAUUGUGACAAAGGAAUAUGUUAGAUUCUCUAUGAUGUAAAUAAGAAGUGCUCCUGCAGUAUCCUGUCUGUAGCACUAGUCACACACAAACUGCUAAUAGGCCUAGAAACAAAGUCCCCUCCUUUACGCUGUUUCUGUCUUCUUUCUGAGACUGCAGACCCUCUCUCCCACAAUGCCUUUCAUGCCAGUUCCUAACAUGGCUGCCCUUACCCACUUACUGAAAGCUGAACCUUUCUCUACGUCCUGCUGCCCUUUCUUUGUGCCAUUAUGAUCCGUAAUACUACAUUCAGGUGCUCUUUGGCAACUUGUAAAACGCACAUUUCAGACAUAACCACUGGCAGGUUAUUGCAAAACUGUAGUUCCAUGUCAUUAGUAGUCCGUUAGAUGGGUCUCUGCUCUGUCCUCACACACCAACAUGUCGUUGUCAUCUGAACGGACCAACUGGAUUGGUGCCUAAGAGUAAGUCUGCUCUGAGUCUACCUUGUGGUUGAUGUUAAUUAUUCAUUUUGUCUGUACCAUGUGUAUCCCAGAUUUUGCUACAUGGAUACAUAUUGUACCUGAAACCUGCAGUAUCACCUCCUGAACAGGACCCACAUUUACUUCCACCCAGAACAGUUUGACAGCUGGUAAACUAAAGCAGAACAUAGUGUUUGGCAAUGACUGCACCACAUCAGUGGAAGAGGGCUGGAAGGCCUUCGUACCAGUGGCUAACAUGGGAUGGAUUAUAGCUGACAGGUUAAAAUAUACAGACCAAUAUUCCUACAGUAUCUUAUCUGUGACAUUUCCAGAUAUCAUUACUUCCAUCCUGCAGUGGGUUUGCAGUGGCCAGCUGUAUCUGAUACAAUUACAAGUUGACAAGGAUCACCUUAAUGCACAUUCACACAUCUGGUGCACACUCAAUGCAGAAAUAUGUGCAAAGAAAGGCUUCCUUCUUUGCUCAUUGUGAGGAGACUUUGAAUAAGGACAAACCUUGUGGAUCCAUGAUAAAAAAGUUGUUGUAAGGAACUGAAAUGAGUUGAUCUCUAAAAUGAAACAUAGCGUCAGUAAGAGCCUGCUACUUUUCACCGCCUCCAACACAAACAGGUGUCUGAUUUGGUGAAAACACCUCUUAGUCCCUUAUAUCCUCCUAAAACAUAGUCUCCUUGUCAUUCUGCAGAAGCUCAAAGCAAUAUCCUCUGAAUUUUAAUCAGCUGGGUGGUUUCUGUAGUCACCCAGCUCUUCUAACCAUGGUGUGACCACAGCAGAGACACGCUGGCGAGCAGGAGACUGAAAAAGAAUCAAACAGGAAAGAGAGAUCAAACAUUAGGCUGGGAUGGAGGUCUGAACUUUCACCAGGACUUGUUGGAAGUUUUUCUUUUCAAGAUUUGAUCUGAAAAUGUGCGCCCGCUCUACUCACAUGGCCUUCCUCUUUGCUCCGAGCUACAUAACAAAGAAGAGAGAAAUGCGCAUAUUUGCUUUUUGAAUCGCCCUUUUGUUUGAGGGGUGCACAGAGCUGAUUGUCUCUUUUUACUGUCCAUGUCAGCUCACCUUUCAUUUGGGAAAAAAGUAAAUAUCAACGUGCAGUUUUACAGUUUUGUGUUUUCUGUCAUUUCAAAAUGCUGCAGUCAACUAUUUUACUGGUGCACAUUUGCAACUAGAUUUUUUUAAUGACUGAUCACAUUCUGUUUUUUAUGAAUUGUCAUAUUAGCAUCAUCUUGUUUUUACUGUGUAUCAGAGCAGCUUGUCAGAGUCUUGCUUCAACACGCAAAAUAACAGCUUUUGUAAGGUACAUCUAUUCAACAGAAAAUGGCAUCAAUAUAUUCACCAUGUAUGCGUGUAUGAUGAGAUGUUGCAACUUCUGCUAGUGACGCCUUCUUUAUAGUAAAGCUAUCUCCUUUUCUCUA